UUUUACGUUGGAACGGUUAGUCCAGUAAUCUACUACUACUUCGCUUGGUUACUGGUACUCAAUUGAGUCGAUCCCACAACACAGCUCCACCGCCGGCGAGCAAUGUCGACCGGCAAGCCACCUCAGACGGCGUACUUCUCAUCGUCCUUACCGCUUUGCUCUCUCCAAGGCUCCCUCCUCACACUCGCCGUCCUAACCCUCUUCUCCCUCACCUAUUUCUCUCUCAAUUCCCUCCGCUCUCCUCUCCCCUCCUCUUCUGCCACCACUCAGGUUUCUGUUGCUAAACUGGUUCGUGAUGAUCAUAAAGCGGCGAAGGAUGGGGUGGAGGAGGACGGGCUUUAUGAUAUUUACCAUUCCCCGGAGGUUUUCCGGUUGAAUUACGCGGAAAUGGAGCGGAAAUUCAAGGUGUAUAUAUACCCGGAUGGAGAUCCCAACACGUUCUACCAGACGCCCAGGAAGCUCACGGGGAAGUACGCCAGCGAGGGCUAUUUCUUCCAGAACAUUCGGGAGAGUCGCUUCCGCACUGAAGAUCCAGAUCAGGCUCACCUCUUCUUCAUUCCCAUUUCCUGCCACAAAAUGCGAGGCAAGGGCACUUCAUACGAGAAUAUGACCAUAAUUGUCCAGAAUUAUGUGCAAAUGUUAAUUUCCAAGUAUCCUUACUGGAAUCGGACCCUGGGUGCAGAUCAUUUUUUCGUCACUUGUCAUGAUGUUGGUGUUAGGGCAACAGAAGGACUUCCACUUCUUGUAAAGAAUUCAAUGCGGGUCGUGUGCUCCCCAAGCUAUGAUGUUGGAUUCAUUCCACACAAAGAUGUUGCUCUUCCUCAAGUAUUGCAGCCAUUUGCGCUUCCAGCUGGAGGAAAUGAUCUCGAAAACAGGACGACGCUUGGUUUUUGGGCUGGACACCGGAACUCUAAAAUUAGAGUUAUAUUGGCACGCGUUUGGGAGAAUGAUACAGAGCUUGAUAUUUCCAACAACAGAAUAAACAGGGCUAUGGGACCACUGCUAUAUCAAAAGAGAUUUUAUAGAACCAAGUUUUGCAUAUGCCCUGGUGGUUCCCAGGUCAAUAGUGCUCGUAUAACCGACUCGAUCCACUAUGGAUGUGUGCCUGUGAUAUUGUCAAAUUAUUACGACCUGCCAUUCAAUGAUAUUCUUGAUUGGCAUAAAUUUGCGGUUGUGCUCAAGGAGAAUGACGUAUACCAGCUUAAGCAAAUCCUCAAGGAUAUACCUGAUGCUGACUUUGUCACACUCCAUAAGAACUUGGUUAAGGUUCAGAGACACUACCAAUGGAACUCUCCGCCAAUCAAAUUUGAUGCAUUCCAUAUGGUCAUGUAUGAGCUUUGGUUGCGCCACCAUGUCAUCAAAUAUUGAUUAGUAUGUAAUUCCAUUGUACGCUAAUUGGCUAGAAACCCAAAAGGUUGUAAAUUGUUAUACACCAUUCUCGCAUCUACCUAGUUAACUUAUGGUGAAGGGAAGUAAAGUUGGGGGCAUUACUUGUUUUUUCCCUGGUUCAGGUUUUCCCCCUACCAUUUUGUACCUGCAACUUUGGUUAAUUAAUUUCUUGAAUGAUACAAGAUCAGAAGUGUUGUGUA